UUUUCCUACUCAUCUCUCUGUAUUUUUGUUUGAAACAGCAACAAGAAGAUACCCUUUUUGGGCUUUUCCUUCUUUGUUUUGUGUAUAUAUAGAGGUAGGAGUUUGUGGGGGUGUAAAAAGAUUACAACUUUGAGUAGUACCAAAUGAUAGGGGUAGAAGAUUUGAGCUUGGACAAGCUGUUUGUGAACAAUGGUAGCAGAGGUGGGGUUUGUAAAAUGGGGGGUGGGGUGAUGAUGAUGGGAGAGUGGAAGGAUAUACCUAUGGAGUUGUUGUUGAGGAUUGCUUCACUUGUGGAUGAUCGGACGGUGAUUGUGGCUUCUGGUGUUUGUAGUGGAUGGAGAGAUGCAAUUUCUUGGGGACUCACUCGUCUUUCCCUUUCUUGGUGCAAGAGGAAUAUGAACAAUUUAGUGCUGACACUUGCCCCCAAGUUCACGAAGCUGCAGGUUCUAACUCUUAGACAAGAUUUACCACAACUUGAGGAUGUUGGUGUCGAGACAAUUGCCAAUCACUGUCAUGAAUUGCAAGACCUUGAUCUUAGCAAGAGUUUUAAGCUAACUGAUCGUUCCCUUUAUGCUUUAGCUCACGGCUGUCCAAACCUCACAAAGCUGAAUAUCAGUGGGUGUUCUGCUUUCAGUGAUAGCGCUGUUGCAUACCUAGCUGAGCGUUGCCGAAACCUAAGAGUCUUUAACCUUUGUGGUUGUGUUAAAGCUGCAACUGAUAAGGCAUUGAAGGCUAUUGGUUACUACUGUAACCGACUGCAGACUGUAAAUCUAGGUUGGUGCGAUAAAGUUGGUGAUGAAGGUGUAAUGAGUUUGGCUUAUGGGUGUCCUGAUCUCAGAGCCCUUGAUCUGUGUGGCUGUGUCCUUAUAACAGAUGAGAGUGUGAUUGCUUUGGCAAACAAUUGCCCUCACUUGAGAUCCCUCGGCCUAUACUUCUGUCAGUACAUCACAGAUAGGGCAAUGUACUCUCUAGCUCAGAGUCGGGUCAAGAACAAGCACGAGAUGUGGGCAUCUAUGAAGAAGCACAGGUACGAGGACGAAGGGCUUAUGAAUCUAAACAUCAGCCAAUGCACUGCUCUCACACCUCCCGCCGUUCAAGCAGUAUGCGAAGCAUUUCCUGCUCUGCACACAUGCCCUGAGCGACAUUCCCUCAUCAUUAGCGGAUGCCUGAACUUAACAUCAGUGCACUGCGCCUGCUCUGUCCAAGCUCACCGUGCGCGUGUUCUCCAUCCAGCUCACUGAGUGUUCUAUGGAGGAGAAGUUACCAAGUUUCGAAGCCGUCAUAGAGGGAGAGAAGAAAAAUAGGGCGAGAAGGUUGAAACGCCCUUGUACAUAUUUGUUUGUGAAAAAACUAUGCUGGACAAUCUAGGCUGUUUAAGCCAAACAGGUUCUGUUUGUUUAAUCUGUUGGACUGAACUUGUUGGUUUAUGUCAAAACUCUUAAUGACUC